ACUGCCCCCUACAUAUGACAAAAACAUAAAACACACUUAAAAGUAAAGCAUUUCAAUUUAUAGUAUCAAUAAUCAGUUUCUAAAUGCUGUUCUUACCUCAGAUGGUUGCUCUUCUUUCCACAUUUCUCUGCUUGAUUUUAUUUCAUUCAUUCAACAUUGUUGCUUUCAAGGACCAACAAUGGAUGAAAGCCACUGCAACUUAUGCUAAAGACACAGAAGGAUCACUAAUUACAGAAGGAGCUUGUGGUUAUGGAGAUCUCCACAAAGCAAGCUAUGGAAAACACAGUGUUGGAUUAAGCACUAUUUUGUUCAAUAGAGGGAGUACAUGUGGAGCUUGUUUUGAGAUAAGAUGUGUUGACCAUAUCCUGUGGUGUGUGCUUGGAAGUCCACCUGUGAUUGUUACUGCCACUGAUUUCUGUCCUCCUAAUUAUGGUCUCUCAGUUGAUUAUGGUGGUUGGUGUAACUUUCCAAGACAACAUUUUGAAUUGUCACAGGCUGCUUUUGCUGAAAUUGCCAAGGGGAAAGCUGAUAUUGUUCCAGUUCAGUAUAGAAGAGUGAAGUGUGAAAGAAGUGGUGGGUUGAAAUUCACUAUGAGUGGAAGUUCUCAUUUCUAUCAAGUCCUGAUUACUAAUGUGGGAUUGGAUGGUGAAGUGUUUGCUGUGAAAGUGAAAGGAUCAAGAACAGGAUGGAUACCAAUGGCAAGAAAUUGGGGAAUGAAUUGGCAUUGCAAUGUCAACCUUCAACAUCAGCCUUUGUCCUUUGAGGUUACUAGCAGCACUGGAAAAACACUCACAUCUUAUAAUGUAGCACCACAAAACUGGCAAUUUGGACAGACAUUUGAAGGAAAACAAUUUUAAAUGUAUAUUUGAAAUUACGAUGUGUUUGAUAAAAUCACCGUGACAAUGUGAUUUUUUUAAAAACAUUAAUACUUUAUAGUGUAGCUUUUAUUAAAAUUACGGUAGCGCAUGAUUUUGCAAAAAUCAA